AUGGCUGAAUUACAUAUAAUUGGUCGAAUUUCGUCUGCAAACAAUUUUAAACAAUCACGAUUAUUAUGCAAGUGGAGUUUUCAUGCCGGUAAUGGAUGGAAAAUUUUAGAUGGUUGGGGAGAAGGACAAACUCAAGAAAGUUGUGAUUUAUAUACUAAUGAACCAGUUUGGGAUCAUCCCAUAGAUUUACAUUAUACAACACAAACUCUUCAGAAUUCACCAAAAGUUUUGUUACAAAUAUUUUAUAGGGAUACACAUGGAAGAAUAUUAUUUGGAUCUUAUGGCAUUUGUAAUAUUCCCUUAUCUCCUGGAUUACAUUUUAUAAAGUGUCAUACAUGGAAACCAAUUGGUAGUUGGAAAGAUAGAUUAAAAGAUAAAUUUUUAGGGGUAACUUUACAAUUAAAAUCACCAAGUGUUCUAGUUAAUUCCAUGGAUAGAUUUGAGUUACUUACAGAAAGUAUGGGUACAGUUAAAAUUGAAUUAUAUAUACUUACACGAAAUUUUGAGAAAUAUGGAUAUUGUGAUGAAGUAAUAGAGAAAGAUAGUUUAGAAGAAACUAUAAGUGCUAUUACUGAAAAUAUUUAUAAUACAACUAAUUCUAUUAGUAACUCUGUAUAUUCAACACAGACUCCAAAAAUUCAAGUAAUACCAACUACACAGAUGCCUCAUAAAGUUAAGUACAGUAAUAAAUCAAGAAAUCAGAAUGUAAAUAAAAUUCAUUCUGAUAUAUGUGAAUGUGAUUUAAUGGUUUCAUCUUGUAACAUUAACUGUUGUUGUGACAAAGAUUGUAAUGACUACCAUAUAACUGUGUUUUCACAUUGUGAUGAUUAUCAACCAGAAUUAUUUGAUAAACGUUACUGUUAUAAUAGAAAUUUUAUACAGCGAAAUAAUACUCCAUUUAUACUUGAAAAAUUGGCAAAUAAUCUCUUUUGUAUUUUAUAUGAUAAUCUUCCACCUACUUAUAAUAUUAAUAAUGAAUUGGAUAUAAAAACUGGAGAUGAUUUAAAGAAUAUAAUAAAUUCAAAUAAAUUAACAUGGAAGUGGAAAGACCAAUCAUAUGUACCUGAAUAUAAUACUUUUAGUCCUUAUCAAGAUGGUGAUGUUAUGUGGAUAGUAUAUAACAACUAUAUUCAACCUUUUGAAAUACUACAAUCUGGCUUUACUGAAUUGUGUUCAUUUAAGAAAACUUUAAAAUAUCUUUAUGAAUGGAAAGAUCAAUGUCUGCAAACUGACUUAAUUGACACAAAUAAGUUUCUGUUUCCAACAAUAUUUAAUAAUUUUACAGUUAUUGUAUCUCCCCAUUUAUUAAAUGAAACCUAUAUUCUUGUAUCAGAUCAGGUUUGCCCUAAAAAUGUAUGUUUAACAUUAAAUAAUUAUUAUUGCAAAAAUGGUUGGAAGACAUGUAGUAAUAAUACUAUGUUAGGAUCUUGUUCCAACGGUACAUGUUAUAACAUUGUAACUGGUGUAAGAUACUUAAUUGUGCAUAAUGGUUCUAUGGGAGUUAAUAAUGUUGAUGUAUACCUUAACAUAGGUAAUGUUUCUCAACAUUUUUAUCAACAAUUUGAAGUAAUUUAUGAAUGGGCAGAAUUGGAUAAAGAGAAAAGUUUCUCUCUCAGUGGUAAUCCUGGUUACAUUAUUGGAAAACCAUUAAUUAUUGGCACCUUGCAGAUAAAUAAGACUAAUAAUGUGGAGACGAGAUAUAUCACUUUCAAUACAACUAACAGCUUUUUGACAUUGCCUAUAGCUCAGAAAAAUGGUGAAUGUAGUGAAAUUGAUAGGUAUAUUCUUGUCUUUGGGGAAAAUAUUAAGUUAAAAUGUUCUGUAUUUGUACAUACUUAUAAUUUCAGUACAACAUCUUGUAUAGAGUUACAAAAUCUUACUAUGCAUUUUUUAAUUAAAGAUUCUUUAUUUAAUAUUACACAAACAGAUCAAUAUAAUAUUUAUAUUGCUAAAUUCGGUAAUUUUUCCAAUAAUGAUAUUACUGAUUGGGUGCAAAUUUUACUGGAUAGAAUGCCACAAAAUGUUAUAAUAGGGUGGUCUGUUAAUGGUCGUUUAUAUUGUUCAAGACUUAUAACAUCUAUACAUUUAAAUAUUUUAUAUUCUUCUUUAACAAAACCCAAAAAAUUAAACAAUUAUAACAUAAUAGCAGUAGGUAUUACAUUUUCUGCAGAAUCUAAUGUGUCUUGGACAAAAUGUUUAUCUGAAAAUUGUACAGAUAUACUUAAAAUAGAUAUUGUUAGUUAUGUUACAUUUCACGAUAUAUCGAAACCGUCCAAAUAUUACUUUGUAGGUGGACCUAACUUGGAUAUUACUUUACCAUAUGAUUUUUUUUAUCCUUUUUUAAGUCAUUCAACCUGUAUUAAAAUAAGUACAUUUUUAUUUAGUGUAAUAUUGAGUAUAAUAUUACAAAAUUUAUUUUAUUGA